AUGCUCCCCCCGUGCCGACAGAGCUCGCACUGGCCCCCCCCGGCCGCGCCAGCCGCCACAGCCUGGCCAAGCACAGCCCACGCUGCACGUCGCUCCCGUGGCGGCCCGUGGCCCCACGCCAGCCGCUGCUGCCAGGUCAUGGUUUUCCCAGGCUGGCACCCCCGAAGGGGCCAGGCGAGGGUCCCCGCGCCCUGCUGGGAGGGCACGGACUCCUCCCCGUCCCCGCUCCCGGGAGCCCCGCCGCGACCCCUCGGCUUAAGCAUCCCGGCGGGACGGGACGGAACGGAAAGGGACGGAGCAGCCGGUGCAGUUCAGGCUUCUCCCGUCCGGAGGCAGCACAGCCACGGGCUCUGCGGCGGGAGCGCUGCCGGCGGGGCGCCGGACGAGGGCAGCCUCCCUUCGCCACCGGGAGCCCCGGGGCCGGAGAGACGGCCGUGCUCCACCAGUGCCUCCGCAGACACGGGGCCCCGUCCCCGGGAGCAGAUCCCUGAACGCGCAGGACCGCAGUCCACGCUGGCCCCGCAGCCCCGCUCGGCACCUGCUUUUCCCCCAGCGCGGGAGGGGUUGAGACAAGCUCCUGGGCACCCCACGGCAGUGCGAGACCUGCACACUCCGCGUCAGACCCCCACGUCCCAGCCCGGCGAGAGCCGCGCUGACCGCGCCGUGCUCAGGGGCUGGGAGCGGGUGCCCCGAGGCUGCACCAGGACCCCGGGAGAAGCAGCAGACACUCGCGAAGUGCAUUCACGCGGAGCCAGCGGGUGCCCCAGCCCCGGAGUGAGGGUCUUAGCUCACGGAGUGGCCGUGCCUGCCCUGCAGCCCCGGGUCCCGCCGAGGAGCGCGGGGCGGGUGGCCGGAGACCCCCGCGGGCACCUGCGGGAAUCGGCGGAGGCCCAUCAUCCCUCCGCGCUGCCCCUGGCAGAAGUGACGGGGGAUCAGAAAUCAACCCCACAUGUGAUGCGGAGCGGGCACCCGCCCCGCAAAGCCUUGGGAGGCCCGGGGACGAACACGUGGGGUACACGGAUGAGACCAAACUCGGCCCCUGCCGGAGGCAGCACAGGCGGGGGGCGCUGGGCAGCCCCUCCCCGUGGUUCUCGCCGGGCCACCGCCCGGGCAGCCGGGGCGCAGACCUGUCCGACGUGCCCAACGGGCCGGGCAGGAGCCCAGGGAAGAGGCGAAGGAGUCCGCGCCCGUGUCCCCCGGGCGCCCGCAGUGGGGUCCCGCCUCUCCCUGCCCAGGCAGGGAACCCCAUCCCCGCCGCGGCCCUCAGCGCUUCCCGCCGCCGGGCCGGGCUCGGCACCCCGGCUAUUGCCGAGGGGUGGGCGGCGAAGCGGGUUCCCCCCGUCCCCCCCGCAGUCCCGGUACGAGCCACCACCGAGGUCCGGGGCCGCCGGCAGGCUGGGGCGGGCGCUGUCGCCCGCCGGCCCGGCCCGCACUCACCGUGCCCGCGGCGGGGACCAACCCCCGGGCCGCCGCUGCCCCGCAUCGCCUCCGCUCCCCGCCGCCCCCCGCCGCCCGCCGCCGCCGCGCCGGGGCGGGGCGCUGGCGGGGGCCGGCGCUGCCCCGCCGGCACCGACUCCCGCCGCUGCUCCCGGUGCCGCUCCCGCUGUGCCUUGGGAUACAGGUCCCGGUCCCUUUGCGCGUCGCGGUGCGGUGCCGGCGGCGGCGGGCGGACGCACAGUGCGGGGCAGCGACGGCUCCAUCCUGCUGCCGUCGCCGCUACCGGUGUCAAAUUCCAGCCGCCGUCACCUGACCGGCGGGGCGGGCACCGGCACCGAUACCGGGACCCCGAUUAGCACUGGCACCAGAAUACCAGCCGCCAUCCCGACCCGCACCGCAGCGGCACCGGGACUCCGACCCGCACAGGCGCCGGGACCGCCCUGGGAGCAGGACGGCACCGGGAUCCCGCCAACAGCAGGAGCCGCAGCACGACCCGCUUCAGCACCGGCUCCCGCCGGGACCCGCACCGCCGCCGAGCUCCCGCGGAAACUCGCACCCCGCCGGGAACGUCACCGGGACCCCCGGCGGCACCCGACCCCCGCUGCCGCCUCCUGCACGCCGGCCGACCCCCGGGCAGGCGGACGGGCAGGUGGACCCGCAGACCGGCCGGCCGACCGCCCCGUGAGCGGGGCUCCCUGCCCCGACAGCCCCGUCCAGCGCGGGCAGGACGGACAUACGAACACCCCCGGGGAAGCGUUCAACCCUUCUCGGAGCGCUCCGGGGUCAGAGCCCCACGGGGACCCCACGCCCGCCGUCGGAGGGCAGAGCCGCACACGUGGGGACCCGGCGGGGAUGGGUUGGCGGGCAGGGUCGGGGCCAUCCCGGCCGCGGCGGGACCGGCCGGCGUCCCACGCACCCCGAGCCGCCGCGGGUCACCCGUGUGCCUGGCGCUCGCGUCCGGCCGCGCCGGAGGAGGAGUCCGGCCUCCCGCCCGCCCGCGCCCUGCACCCCGGUCCUCCCCGGCGGGGCCGCCCGCCGCCGGGCUCCUUACCUCUGCCGUCGCCCUGCCUCCCUCCGCCGGGGCCGCCGCUGGCCCCGGGGACAUGGGGGCCGGCUGGCGAGUCGAGCCGAGCCCGUGCAAGUCCUUACGUCACCGCCCGGGGCCCUCCGCGUCCAUCCCGGGGCUCUCGAGUGCUCCUUGCGAACGUGCCAAAUCCCGGGGCCGCCUCCGCUCGGCCCCGCUUCACACGUGCUCCCCUGGCCGGAGCCGGUCUCCGGGACGCGUCCCGGGCCAGGCGAGCCCCCCGGGGCCGGCCCUCAUGGCCGCGGGGUCCGAGGGCGCCCGGGCGGGCUGCGCGCCCCGGGGUGCCGCGGGCCGUGUCACCUGCCCCGGCGGCGCUCCGCCGCCUCGGCGCAGUUCCCCGGGCUUAUGCAACUCCCCGGCUGGAGCGGGGCCAGCGGCUCGGUCGCCGGCUGUGCCGCGGCUGCACGCCGGGCCCCAGGUGGCCUGUGGGGUCUGCCCCGACCCCGGGCACCCAGCGUGGCUUUAACCUCCUCCCCGCCGCCCGGUAG